CAACGUCCUCAACCGAGCGGCGAAUCUGAAGACAUGGGUGUGAGCGACAUGCAAACGCCCCCAUGCGGAAGGUCGGCAGCAUCUACAACGCACCCAAGAUCCCGUGCUUGCAUCAUACAUACAGACCAAAACCGCUCACUAGGUAGAGUGUAUCGAUAA